UGGAUCUUAGUCAAACAAGGAAUCAAUCCGUUUUUUGGUCCAAACAUUAGAACGGCACCGCCAUGGUCAUGGAGCGGCCCCGAUCAUCGCCGCUUCGCCGCCGCCCGACAUGCUUCUACUUGCCGCACUCGCGCCGCCCUCUUCCGUCCUUUCCCUCUCCUCCUCGUCCUUGCAAAACAUAAGCUUUCUUAGAAACCGUCUCUCCGUCGCCCAUCUUCGCUUCUCGUCGCUCAUCAUCCUUUCCAACCCUUCGCUUUCUUCCUCCUCCUCGCCCUUCUUCGCCGCCGCUCGCGAAUCCCCGCCCUCGAUUGUCGCAGCCUGCGAAUCCAGGCCACGUGACGCCGCCUUCCGCUUCUCGUCGCCUCUCUUUCAGAUCGCACCUUUCCUCCGCGACGAAUGGACGACCAUACUCAAGGGAUGGCUCUGCAGCUUCGUUGCUAUCUAUUGCCUCUCGCGCGCCGUGCCCCAGCUCGGACGCCUUUCCUCCAUUCUAUCCCAAGUCCACUCGCCGAGGGUACCCCAGGAGGGCGCCGUGCUGGUCGCGCUGGGCUGUUUAUCCUCCGCCGCCGCUUACCUGCAGCAAGCGUUCCUGUGGGAGGCUGCUUCCCGGUCCGUGUACAGGCUCAGAAUUCACGUCUUCGAUCGGAUCCUCCAGAGGGACCUAGAGUUCUUCGAAGGCAAUAAUGGACUUCUGGCGGGAGAUGUAGCAUAUCGGAUGACUGCGGAGGCAGCGGAUGUUUCUGAGGCUCUGUAUGCUAUCUUGAAUAUGACUGUGCCAAAUACUCUACAGUUUGUGGCUAUGGCUACUCAGAUGAUAUCUGUUAGCCCGAUGCUUUCGCUUUUAGCAGCAUUUGCCGUUCCAUGCAUCUUGUUUUUCAUUGCCUAUCUUGGUGAGACACUUCGAAAAAUCUCAAGGAAAGCAAGCAUGAGUUCUGCUAGACUCUCAGCCUACCUAAACGAGGUACUUCCUUCAAUGCUUGUUGUAAAGGCUAAUAUUGGAGAAUCGAAAGAAAGCUUCCGAUUUCAGACACUUGCUCUUGAUAAUCUGCUGCAACAACUGAAAAAAAAGAAAAUGAAAGCUCUCAUUCCUCAACUUGUGCAAGCCUUGUGCCUAGGAGGGCUACUGGUUCUCUGUGUUUGUUCAGUGGUUGUCUCCAGAAAUUCCUUUGACUGUUCAAACCUUUUCUCAUUCAUAACUGCAUUGAUGCUUCUCAUUGAGCCAAUUAAGGGUGCAGGAAAAGCAUACAAUGAGCUGAAGCAAGGGGAGCCAGCAAUAGAACGCUUGUUGGAUCCAACAAGGUUCAUCCCUAAGGUGACAGAGAAAUCAGAUGCUAUUGAUUUGGACUAUGUUACUGGGGACAUAAGGUUCUGUGGUGUUAAAUUUAGAUAUGGAGAUGACAUGCCAUAUGUUCUUGAUCAAGCGGAUCUCCACAUAAGACCAGGGGAGAGGGUUGCUCUUGUUGGGCCUUCUGGAGGAGGAAAGACAACUCUCAGCAAACUGCUUCUUCGGCUAUAUGACCCUCAAUGCGGGUCUAUUCUUGUGGACAAUCAUGACAUUCAAGACGUCAAACUAAAAAGUUUACGAAAGCACAUAGUUCUGGUGUCACAGGAAUCGAUGCUCUUUUCAGGAACUGUUACUGAAAAUAUUGGCUAUAGAGAUUUGACUGGACAAAUCAACCAGGCAGAUGUUGAAUACGCUGCUAGGAUUGCCAAUGCUGAUGAAUUCAUUACAAAAUUUGUAGAAGGCUAUGAAACUAAUAUUGGACAAAGGGGUUCUCUCCUUAGUGGAGGGCAAAAACAAAGGUUAGCCAUUGCAAGAGCACUUUAUCAAAAUGCAUCAUUACUUAUUUUGGAUGAAGCAACUUCUGCAUUGGAUGGAAAAUCUGAGCUGCUGGUAAGAGAAGCCUUGAAGCGUCUAAUGGAAAAUCAUACAGUCUUAGUAAUUGCCCAUCGACUCGAGACGGUCCAAAUGGCAGAUAGAGUUGUGGUUUUGGAUAGAGGAAAGCUGACAGAAAUUUCAAAAUCAUCUUUCCUUAGUAGCGGUGGGCUAUGCGAUUCACAUUUAGUUUAAUCAAUGAGCUUAUUGCAUGAUGACUGGAGCGUGACUGGAAUUGAUCGACCACACAACCCUUAAAGGGCGAUAUUCUCGCAAGGACCGCAUUCUCGUAAGCUCAGCCCGUCUAUGAAAGUUCAAUAAAACGACCCUUUUAGCCGCUGAUCCUAUCCUGGUGCAACUACAACAUUCAUUUAUUUUCUCAAACCUGGCCGACAACGAAGUUAUUUUUGUACAGGAGAAAAUAAUUAUAUACUUUUGUUGCAAUUUUGCGACGAGGUUACCAUUUUCAAUCUCAUCUUUAGGAACAUGGUAUGAAACUCCUUUAAGAAUCUAAAUUUGAUAAUAUUAUGUUUUUAAUCA